CCGGAACUUAAAAAACGCAACGUCCUCUCGCUACUUCACGUUUUUCCACAUUGCUAACAACACAUGGCCCUGAAAUAGCUACCACUCUAAUUCAACGGAUAAAAAAACAUUUUAUAAUCAACAAUCAUGGGUAAACUCAAGAAGAAUAGCAAAAAGAAUACCUUUAACUAUAACCGAGAUCGCAAGAAACUUAAGAAGAAGUUCAUGAAGAAGGCCAACCCGAGGAUAGAAAAUAAAUAUAUAGGAAACGCAUGGGAUCAAGGAAAGUCCAUGGCCAAGAACCUGCGGGACAUGGGCUUGGUGUCCGACCCGAACCGCAGUUUUCCCAUCAAGAAAAACAGCGUCUUCGGAUUAAGAAAAGAAAGGAAGGCUCCCGUUGUGAUCAAGCCCUACGUUGUCACUCAGCUGGAGGAGGAGGCCAACCAGUCAACGAAUAUUACCCCGACGCUGUCGACUGACUUGAUUGAGUACGUCCAGCACAUGAUCCGAGAACACAAAGACGACUACAAGGCGAUGGCCCGCGACGAGAAAAACUACUACCAGGACACGCCCAAGCAGAUCAAGAGGAAGAUCGAGCAGUACAAGCGCUUACACGCGCAGCAGCACGCUGACUUUGUCGCCUCUCUCCCCAGCCCCAUGUCCCACUGAGCGCUUGGAAUCUUAAAAGUAAGAAAGAAUAGUCUGUCUCUUCACCAGAGGACUUAAAAAUGGCAUUCCCGAUGUUGGUAACGCACAUUGAAUGACUUUUCACGGUUGACCCAGUUUUGUGUCGCUACAAAAGGAAAUGAAGACAUUUUUUGGAUAUGGAUUUAUGUCUCUAUAUCUAUACACACAAAAAAAACAUACCUAUUUUUAUUUUUUUGCUAUGGAACACGUGUAUGUUGAUGUUUGCGUCUCAAUAAAAUUGUUUCCCCAUA